AUGGCCAAGGUUUUGGUUCCAGUGGCGGAUGGCUCCGAGGAGAUUGAGACCACUUGCAUCACCGACACCCUCACACGCUGCGGCUGCCAGGUGACGGUGGCCAGCGUGAUGCCGGGAAAGCUUCAGGUGAAGAUGUCGCGAGGCAUUAAUGUAGUGGCGGACUGCGCCAUUGAGGACUGCAAAGGCACCGAGUGGGAUGCAAUUGCGCUUCCAGGAGGCAUGCCGGGAGCAGAGCAUCUGCGAGACUGCGCUGCGCUGACCGAGCUCCUCAAGGAUCAAUCCGGAAAGGGCAAGGUCACAGCUGCCGUCUGCGCGUCGCCAGCAGUCGUGUUCGGCACACAUGGCCUGCUCCCAGAGAAGUCGACGUGCUAUCCGAAGUUCAAGGAUGUGGUCGGAGCCGGCUGGCAGGACGCACAAGCCGUGAUGGACGGCCACAUCAUCACGAGCCAGGGCCCUGGCACUUCGAUCCAGUUCGCACUGAAGAUCGGCGAGAAGCUUUGUGGCAAGGACAAAGCUGUCGAGGUCGCCAAGGGCAUGCUGGUGGACUAUGUCGUUUGA